CUCUUCUUUCUUUCCCUCCUAUUCUUUCUCCCAAGUCAAAAACCCUAGAAAAACCUUUUCCACCUCACACCUCAAAUUCCACUUUCCCAUUUCAAAUUUUCCGCAAUUUCAUGCAAUCCCAGUGGAAUUCAAUUCCCUUUGGACUUCCUUUUCCCCACUCUCACUCCCCAUUUUCAGUGAAAUCCGCAACCAAAAUUUCCCCCAAAUUUCUUUUCAAUUCAAAAAUUUCCAAGCUUUAACUUUUCUCCUCAUUCAGCAAUUUGAUCACUGAUUUGUUGAAUACCCAUUUCGAUUUCAACGAUCAUGAUCGUGUAUCAUUAGGAAAAUUUUCAUGUUGUUGUAUAAAUUAAAGGAAUUUGUUGUUUUUUCCAUUUAUUUAUUUGGGUCUGUAAAAGAUUAGGUCUUUGGUGUAAUAUUUGAUUUUUUUUUUUUUUGGUUUCCUGUAAAUUAUGGUGUUUUUUUGGGGGUGAAAGAAUAAUUUUGGGUAUUUGAUAAAGUGGGGAUGGAGAACAGUGAAGAAGCUGUGGAUGAUCAGGGCUCUGGAUGGUUCAAAGUGAAAAAGAAGCAUAGAAGUAGUUCAAAGUUUUCUCUUCAGAGUUGGGUUGGGGGAUGUUCAGGAAAAAAUGCUUCUAGUUCUUUACAUAUUCAGCCCUCAUUGAAUGAAAAUAGUGGGAAUUCAAGUGGCAAGCACAGAUCUCAGCUUCCGAAGGCAGGGGGAAAUUAUGCUGUAAAUAGCCAUUGUAGUGUUGUAAAUUCUGUUUCUAUCUUGAAUGAAGACAAAAAGGAUGUGCUCUAUCUUGACAAAUGUGUAGUUCAACAAGAUACUGAGUGUCCUGAUUCGGUUCCAUUGUUUGAUAUAAAUUCUAAUGGUGUGACUGGAGAUAUUGAGAAAACUCCCCAAAAGGAUAAGCCUGACACGGUUCACAAAUUCAAGUGGGGUGAUCUAGAGGAUGAUGCAUUGCUACUGCAUCAUGAAAACACUGUUGGAGUAGGAAUCAAGUUUGGUGAUAUUGGGAACGAUAAUUUGGUGGCCUGUAGGAAGAAUGUAAACAAUAACAAUUCGGUUUCCCCUCUUACUUCUUGUGCUAUUCCCCAAGAAAACAGCUUGGUGGCAGCUGCAGAUGCAGAUAUAUGCAGAAAUGAGGUUUCUGAAAAGAGCUAUACAGAGGUGAAUGAAAUAUCUUUAGAAGAUGCUGAAGUUCCAAUUGUGAAUGAAAAAAAGGUUGACCCAGAUGUUGAAGUUUCAAUCUGCAAGGAUAUACACACUGAACAUGUUGACCCAGAAAAUAAUGAUCAUUUAGAUACUGGUCCAUCUGGUGAAGAUGUGGGGACAGUGGUGAAACUUCAGGCACCUGUUAUACCAAAGGCAGGUUAUUCAGAUAUUUCUGAAGUACCAAUGACAAAUGGGGCUCCAAGCACAGGUGCAGUUUCCCAAAAUACCAAGUUGGCUCCUUCUAAAAAGAGUGGACCUGAAUUUUCAGGUGAUGCUACCUUUACAGGCCCUACUAAAGACCAAGGAAGUCCAUCGCAUGGUACAAUACAAAAUGAAAUGCAAAACACACAGAUUAUGAAUGCCCUUGGAGAAGGUGAAACAACUGAAAGUAAAGAAAGAUUUAGGCAGCGUCUAUGGUGUUUUCUCUUUGAGAAUCUUAAUAGGGCCGUAGAUGAACUUUAUCUUCUUUGCGAACUAGAAUGUGAUGUAGAGCAGAUGAAAGAAGCCAUUCUUGUUCUUGAAGAGGCUGCAUCUGAUUUUAGAGAACUAAAUACUAGGGUGGAGGAGUUUGAGAAUGUGAAAAGGUCCUCUCCUCAGCUAAUUGAUGGCACACCAAUCACAUUGAAGAGUGACCAUCGCAGGCCUCAUGCUCUUUCAUGGGAGGUGCGAAGAAUGACAACUUCACCGCACAAGGCAGAUAUACUGUCUUCAUCUCUUGAGGCUUUUAAGAAAAUUCAACAAGAAAGAGCUAGCAUGUUUACAGCUAAUGAUGUGAAAAUCCUGGGGCCUGCAUGUCCUAAUUUUCAGUCUGUUGAUAAAUCAGCUGGGAAAAGCAAUGUAAUGCUCAAUGCUAAAGAAUCACAAAUAAAGUCAAGAAAACAGAGUGGAAAUUCAGAUCUCAUUCAAGGGAACCUGGGUGGAGAAAAGCGGAUUAUUGAGUCUGGCAGGUCCUGCAAAGUUAACUUAGGACAAAAUGGACGCGUCCCUCCCCAAAAUUCAUCCUCUUCUGAAGUUGGUUCAUCAUCUAGGACACCUUUUAGGGAUAGUUCUUCUGCUGGAAAGACUAAGAGAGAACAACCUGGAUCUGAAGCAGAUAGGCUGUUUCCUAAGAAAGAAAAAAUGUUGGCAGAAAGUGGUGUUGAGAAAAAUCCUAAAUCUACAGAGCAUUUAAAGAGGCAAAUUCCUCCAUCUGAAAAAGAAAGGGAUAAGGAAAAGAGGAAUUCAGCCCCAUGGAAAUCAAUGGAUGCUUGGAAAGAUAAGAGGAACUGGGAGGACAUACUUUCAUCUCCUUUUCGUGUCUCUUCUCGUGUUUCACAUUCGCCAGGUAUGAGCAGAAAAAGUGCUGAACGUGCACGUGUAUUGCAUGAUAAACUAAUGUCUCCUGAGAAGAAGAAGAAAACUUCUAUGGAUCUGAAAAAGGAAGCAGAAGAAAAGCAUGCCCGGGCAAUGAGAAUCAGAAGUGAGCUGGAGAAUGAAAGAGUUCAAAAGCUUCAGCGUAACUCAGAAAAAUUAAAUCGGGUUAAUGAGUGGCAGGCUGUCCGCAGUAUUAAGUUACGAGAGGGAAUGCAUGCUCGCCACCAACGUGGUGAAUCUCGGCAUGAGGCUUUUCUAGCUCAAGUUGCGAAGAGAGCUGGCGAUGAAAGCAGUAAAGUUAAUGAGGUUCGAUUUAUUACUUCCUUAAAUGAAGAAAAUAAAAAGCUAAUUUUGCGACAGAAACUUCAUGGUUCAGAGUUGAGGAGAGCCGAAAAACUUCAAGUGAUAAGAACUAAACAAAAAGAGGAUAUGGCUAGAGAAGAGGCUGUUAUAGAACGCAGGAAACUCCUUGAAGCUGAAAAAUUACAGCGCCUUGCAGAAACACAGCGGAAAAAAGAAGAAGCUCAAAUUAGAAGAGAAGAGGAACGCAAAGCAUCCAGUGCAGCACGUGAAGCAAGGGCCAUGGAACAGCUUCGUAGAAAGGAAGAAAGAGCGAAAGCCCAGCAAGAGGAAGCUGAACUUCUGGCCCAGAAAUUAGCUGAGCGACUUAGUGAAAGUGAACAACGUCGCAAGUUUUACCUGGAGCAAAUACGAGAGAGAGCUUCUAUGGAUUUCAGGGAUCAAUCUUCACCUUUAUUGCGCCGAUCUAUGAACAAGGAUGGGCAGGGUAGAUCUACACCAACCAACAAUGGUGAAGAUUAUCAAGCAGACAGUGUCUCAGGCUUUGGAGGUUCUGCUCUUGCAAUGGGCAAUGUUACAUUGCAACAUUCAUUGAAGCGAAGGAUUAAAAGAAUUAGACAAAGGCUUAUGGCUCUCAAAUAUGAAUUUUCUGAACCUCCUCUUGGUGCUGAAAAUGCUGGUAUUGGAUAUAGAACGGCUGUGGGAACUGCAAGAAUGAAAAUUGGGAGGUGGCUUCAAGAACUUCAAAAACUUCGGCAAGCUAGAAAAGAAGGGGCUGUGAGUAUAGGGUUAAUAAUUGCAGAAAUGAUAAAGUAUUUGGAGGGAAAGGACCCUGAGCUGCAAGCUUCUCGCCAAGCUGGCUUGCUUGAUUUUAUUGCUUCUGCCCUGCCAGCUUCUCAUACAUCAAAACCUGAAGCUUGCCAGGUGACAAUACACCUUUUGAAGCUUCUCAGGGUUGUUCUGUCUGUGACUGCAAACAGGAGCUAUUUUCUUGCACAAAAUCUUUUACCCCCAAUCAUCCCAAUGCUAUCAGCAGCCCUUGAGAACUACAUAAAGAUUGCAGCCUCCUUAAAUGCCCCUGGUAAUAUUAACUUGUCAUCAAGUAAAACAUCAGCAGAAAACUUUGAAUCAAUCUCUGAAGUACUAGAUGGCUUUUUAUGGACGGUUACAACAAUAAUUGGUCAUAUAAGCUCUGAUGAACGACAACUCCAAAUGCGGGAUGGCUUGCUAGAGUUAUUGAUUGCCUACCAAGUUAUUCACCGGCUGCGAGAUCUCUUUGCACUUUAUGAUCGGCCUCAAGUAGAAGGGUCACCAUUUCCUUCUUCUAUUCUCUUAAGUAUACAUCUAUUGGUGGUCUUAACAUCCAGACCUCAGAUCAAUUGUUCCAUUGACUGGGAAUCUUGUCCUAGUGAAACAGUGCUGGGAAAUGAAAGUCAAGAAGCUAAACUUGCUGAGUUUGCUGAUUCUGGAUAUUCCACAGUAACCGACUCCUGUGGAGACUAUAGACCUCCAUUAUUGGUGUUAAAUGGUAGCACAGUUAUACAUCUACCAGAUGUACCAGAGGAUAGACCAUUAGAUGAAUCAUGUGAGAUAAAUAAAAAAUCCGAGUCAGUAUCCAUGAGCAAGGAUGGUGAAAAGGAGCAGACUAGUAGUUUAGUUGAGGCAAAUAAUUCCAAGACAGAUGUUCCAGAAGAACCUCAAAAAAUUGAUAUUGCGGAGCCUUUUGUAGCUCAGAAGGGCGAGAAACACUUGGUUGCAGCAGAACAAAAGAAGGAAAAUUUUUUGAACUUGGAGCAGCCAGUAGCUCUUCUUCUUUCUGCUAUAUCUGAAACAGGUCUUGUCAGUCUCCCUUCUUUGUUGACAGCUGUGUUGCUGCAGGCAAACAAUAGAUUGUCUUCGGAACAGGCCUCAUAUGUCCUUCCAUCUAAUUUUGAAGAAGUGGCAACUGGAGUGCUGAAGGUGUUAAACAAUUUGGCUCUUUUGGACCUUAAAUUUAUGCAAAAGAUGCUAGCAAGGCCUGACCUGAAAAUGGAAUUUUUCCAUUUAAUGAGUUUCCUUCUUUCCCAUUGCACAAGCAAGUGGAAAGUCGCCACAGAUCAGGUUGGUUUGCUUCUGCUUGAAUCUCUAUUGCUUCUUAGUCACUUUGCUUUGUUCCACCUGGGGAAUCAAGCUGUCCUCCGAUGGGGAAAGAGUCCUACCAUCCUUCACAAGGUGUGCGAUCUGCCUUUUGUAUUCUUCAGUGACCCUGAUUUGAUGCCUGUCUUGGCUGGAACACUUGUUGCUGCCUGUUAUGGGUGUGAGCAGAACAAGGGUGUGGUUCAGCAAGAAAUCAGUAUAGAUAUGCAACUUUCCUUGUUAAGUUCAUGCAGAAAUGUUUUUCCUUCUCUUCAAUCCAAUUUAAAUGUAGACAAUUCCAUAAAAGAUAAUUCUAGUGAAAAUAAUCAGCUGGGUCCUGAAUUUAAAAAGCCUCAAGUUGAGAGCUCCCUAAGAUCUAGCCGAUACAAUGCCAGAAGCACUAAGGUUUGCUUGGGAAAGGCUGGAAGUUUGGGAAACAGCAUAAGGAAUGGCAAGAUGAGAAACCAAAGAGAUGGCAAAACAAUUAAGGCUAGUGAAGAAAUGGCUCUGAAGCAAAAUCUGCUGGCUUCAGAAACUUCUACCGUAAUGUUAUACUGCAGAUUCCCUAGCAGCUUCAUUGAUAGAGCAGAGCAGUUCUUUUCAGCUGGCAUCCCGAAAUUGGGUGAUGAAGCAUGAGUUCAACAGCGAUACAAUACAAUACAAUUUCGACAGACAUCUGCUUUGUUGUUAACUUUUGACAUUUCAAUCUGAAAUUAUUACACGGAAGUUUCCACUGAAACUGCUAGAGGCUGGUGUUCGAUUUUGCCACUGAGUCUUAAGCAUCACUGACCAAGGAGAGCUUUUUCUGGGAUAGCUCAGGCUAUGUGAUAAUUAUGUAUUGAAAGUAAUUAUUCAAGAUGGAUUUUGAUGAUCAUGAAAGAGUACUGAAUUAUAGGUGAGAAUCCAGUGUUGUGUAAUUCAGUUGCAUUGGAUUCUAAAAUUCUCUUUUAUUUAGCACAACUGAAUGUCCAAAGGACACUAUCAGGGUUGGAAAGAUACAGGCAAGCCUUUUGUUCA